UGUUAGGCUUACCAAAUGGAGUCUAAUGGAGUCGAUUUAAUAAAAAUUGUCUGAAAAUCAAUCGAAACGAUGAAAAACCUCAGAGAAAUGACAUAAACAACCCAUGAAUGUGCGCCCCAUUACGGAUGUUAACAUGUAGUAGGUUAGGCAGAGUCGUCUUACUGCCUGCACAAUAAGGUGCGAUGUCACAGAGAGCAAAAAGGCCUAACCGUUCAGACGAUGGAUCAGUACCUGUUAAAAGGCGCAAACGUACGGCGGCGGAGGAGGAGGAAGCGGCCUCCUUGGCGGCAUGGCAGCCCCGCUCCAACGACCUAAAAAGCAGCAGCAUUUACAACCGCACCACCACCGAAGCACCGGCUGAGCUUUUCCGUAAAGAUCUGAUUAGUGCAAUGAAGCUGCCGGACUCAGAACCUCUAGCUUCCAAUGAAUAUUGGGUCAUCGUGGACCAGUGGAAACAGGAGUGGGAGAGAGGGGUUCAAGUCCCAGUUAAUCCAGAUUCCUUGCCGGAGCCUAGUGUUACAGUCAGUCACACCACACCUGUCAAGAGUCAACAUGAAUUCAAACUCCCCAAAAACAAAUACAUCCGCAUCACGAAAGACGACAACUUCAAAAUCGAAGAGCACGCCUUAUCCAACGCCCCCGCCCAGGCCGAGGCCGCCUGUUCGUACGACCUGGACGAGGUGGACGUGGCGUGGUUGCGCAUCCUCAACAGCGAGCGCGCUCAGAGCGGCCAGCAGCCCGUGCACGAGGACCAGCUCGAGCGCGUUAUCGAGCAGUUCGAGCUGUGCUGCUGGGACAAGAUCCAGUCCAUCCUGCGGAACGAGGAGGGCCUGGGCAUCGAGUACGACGAGAACGUGAUCUGCGACGUGUGCCGGUCGCCCGACUCGGAGGAGGGCAACGAGAUGGUGUUCUGUGAUAGCUGCAACAUCUGCGUGCACCAGGCCUGCUACGGCAUCACGCGGAUACCGGAGGGCCAGUGGUUGUGUUGCACGUGUAACCUGAGCAAGAGACCGAAGUGCGUGCUGUGUCCGAACAAGGGGGGCGCGAUGAAGUGCACCAGGUCGGGGCAGAAGUGGGCGCACGUCUCGUGCGCACUGUGGAUACCGGAGGUUAGCAUAGGGUGCGUGGAGAAGAUGGAACCGAUCACCAAGAUUUCGAGCAUUCCGCAGAGUCGGUGGGCGCUGAUCUGUGUGCUGUGUAGGGAAAGGGUGGGAGCGUGCAUACAGUGCUCGGUGAAGACGUGCAAGACUGCGUAUCAUGUCACGUGCGCCUUCAAGCAUGGGUUGGAAAUGCGAGCCAUCAUCGAAGACGAGAACGCCGACGACGGCGUCAAACUCCGUUCCUACUGUGAGAAACACAGCAAAUCAAGCAAAAAAGAGAAAAGCGUCUGUUCCGGUUCCGAAGACGACGACUCGAAGCGCAAGAAGCGCAAAGACAUGACCUCCGAAGAGAAAAACCAAGCUAGGGCAGCUCGUCUUCAGGAGAUCGAAGCCGAGUUCUACAAGCACGUUUCGAUCAAGGACGUCAGCAUCCACCUCGACGUCGACAAUGACGCCCUCCACUACAUCUACAACUACUGGAAGCUGAAGCGGAAAGCCGGCAAGAACAAGCCGCUGCUACCGCCCAAGUCGGAGGACGUCGACAUGCUCUCUCACAAGCGCGAACAAGCUGAUCUCGAAAAAAUGAAGAUGUUCGUGCAGCUCAGACAGGACCUGGAGAGGGUGCGGAACCUGUGCUACAUGGUUUCGCGGAGGGAGAAGCUGUCCAGGAGCUUCUUCAGGCUGCGCGAACAGACGUUCCAUAAGCAGGCGGCGAUGCUGGAGGCGGCGCCGAACCUGCCCACCAACGUGGUGCAGGCGGUGAUCGAGGCCAACCACGGGCCGUCGAUCUACGAUAGGCUGUAUUCGCACGAAGACGCCGAGGAUCACACGGCGGACUUCGACAAGGUGCUGACGAGGAUAGCGGGUAUCAAGUCGCCGACGGACUCCGGAGACGAGAAGAAGCCGGAAUUGAAUGGCUUGUUCAAGGAUAAAAAUCCGUAUAAAAAGGUUUACUUCAACGGGACUUCCAAACGUCCCAGUGUUAGCCUGUACGGUAGCACUUCCAGCAGCGACGAUAAAGACCGACUAAACGCCGCUAGUAGUUCCGAAGGAGACGACAAAACAAAGAAGAAACCUCACGUUCGAAAAACAGCCAACAACAACAAAACGUCAGACAAACGACGUAAACGCCACAGCGCCUCCAGUAAACUCGACAGCAGCAGCGAAGAAGACACCAAGCGUCAACAGCAGCAGCAGCAACAACAACAACAACAACAACAGCAGCAGCAACAACAACAACAGCAACAAAAGUCGAAAAAGAACUGUGGACAACUUUCGCGGUUGAUGAAAGAAGAACUAGGUUAUUCGGGUAGUGACAGUGAUGAACUCAUGCCGAUACGAUCGACGGCACAACAGAAACCGGACAGAAAACAAAUGUCGUCGAUAUAUUCGGAUAGUGACAGUUCGGACGUUUCAAUGAACAAAGCUAGUGAUUCGCACCAGAAUAAGUUACGAACGAAAGCGGCAGUGAAGGAGUUUUCGCACAAACCGUCGACCUCGAAGAGUCCGACGAAAGGAAGUCCAGAGAAUAAGAAGAAGAUCAAAGGGGACGUCGUCAGGAAAGAAAAGGAGAAGAAGGAUUACGUUCCUUCGGAUUUGAUUGUCCCGCAGAGGCAGGCGGCGAAAAAGGCCACCGAGAAUUUGAAGUCGACCACGUCGAAUAGGGUGGUCAAGGAGCAACAACAGCAGCAGCAACAACAGAAAGAAGAGGAGGUACAACCGAAGAUCGAGGAGAAAAUUGUCAAGGUGCAGAAAACGAAACCCAUCAAACCGAAAGAACUUCUGGAGAAGACCAAGAAAGAGACUAUUGGUAAAAUUGGUGAUGUUUUCGAUUUAGACAAAGAGAUGGAUAAACCGGAGAACCAGGAGAUUUUGGCAUACGUACCACAAAGACAGGCGGCGAAGAAAGCCGCCGAGCACAUAAAGAGUGGGUUGGGUAAACCGGUAGUGCAACCUGUCGCCGCACUUAUUGAAGAUCCUGAUAAGAUCAAGAAAGAGACAGAAAGCAGCGCGGUCAAUAAGAGUAAGAAAGAGGUGGAGAAGCCGGCGAAAGUGGCCGAAAGCAAACGGAAGUCUUCCUCGAACAGCAGUUCGUCUUCCUCUUCGAGUUCUUCCUCCGACUCGUCAACGUCGUCCGGUUCGGAUAGUGACGAUGAACCGUCACCGCCAGCCAAUCAGAAAGUUUCACAACAACCGCGAUCGGAAAGUCUUUUCUCGAAUAGUAAAGAACAACAAUCGAACAAUCGAGAAGCGGCUAAGCGGACGAAUGCUAAGGACUGGCCCUUUCUUGACAAGGGAACCAAGCCCGCAGCGCCGUCCAGCUCUAGCAGCUCCGACUCGAGUGAUUCUAGCCGUCCCCCCUCUCCAAAACCAACAGCAGUCGAUAAAGCAAGUAGUGACAAGAAACAAUCAGCUCAGAGAGAGGAACAGACACGACAGCGUGGAAAAGGGAAGCCUACACCACCAACAGCAGCACGAGGGAGGACGAGGCCAUCAUCCAAGUCUGGUGAUAGGGUCAGAGAUGCUAAUGUCAGGGCUAGAAAUAUGUCUGAUAGCCAACGUAGCGAUGCUAAGUGUAGGAAGGGAAAACAGGAUGAAGUGGGGGCCGAAAAAGAGGCAAAGCCCGUUAGCAAGCUACAGUCUCCGAUCAGGAAAACGGAUAAAAAGUUGAGCAACGAAAGCAAUAACAGCAAAGAAGCGGAAGUUGUGAACUUGGAGAAAGAGAUACUCGAGAGGAAAGCUGGAAAACAAGGGUCGUCUAAGACAAAGUCGACGUUGGAUAGGUUGUUUGGUUCAGCCGAUAAGAAAGAAGAAAAGAAAGCGCCCAAUAAAACGAAGCCCGCAAGGCCGGAGAAAGUCAAAUCUACAGUUAAAGAAAACAAAGAACCGGAAAAAGUUACUUCGCCCAUUAAGAAGUCACCCGUUAAAAGUAAAAACAUCGAUGAAAUCUUCACCCAGAAGACUAUACUAAACGAAAAUAAAAUCGAAGUGAAAGAGAAGGAAAAAGAAAAAGAGCGGGAGAAAGAAAGAGACAGAGGAAAGAACACACCAAAACAAGAGGAAGUCGUCGUGGCGGAAAUCCCGAAAAUAGACGACCUGAAACCAAAAGAAGACAAAAUUUCUCUCGAUUCUGACGUAGAGAAGAAACUACCUCAGAACAGAUCGAUUUUCUCACCUCCUCAUCUCAAAGAUAAUCUACUAGAUUUCGACAAUUUAGACGAUGGUUUCGGCAUCUCCAAAGACGAAGAAAUCAUGAAAGGUCCUCUAACGUUCAACUUCGGUAACACUUCCCUGUUCAAGGAAGACUCGAAGGAAGACAGCGCCCGCGAAACCCUCAACUUGGUGGAAAAACUUCGCAUGGAGCUGUCGAAGAAGUCCACCAGUUGCGACGUAGACGAUGGUGCUAGCGUGUCCUCGAGUACCAAAAACGAGAACGACCGCACAGAAUUCGCCGAACAGGUGGUACCCAAUAGCAAUAUCGGUGCAGAAAGUAAAACUGAGCCGAAACUGGAGGAAGUGGCUACCGUUAAUUUGGAAAUGAGGGUGGAAGUGACCGACACCACGCCGUCAAGAACGAAGAGUUUCGACGAUAGAGGGCAGCAGCCGGACUAUAGAUAUAUGAGUUGCGAGGCGGACGUGCCUCUAGAGCAAGACAACAAAAACAUUCCGAUAGAGCAGCAUCACGGAUUGGUUGAUCAUGGGAUCAGCGGUCAAGGCGACGAGCGGUGGGUGCCGCCGAGCAACGAGGGUUACAACAACGUUCAGACCAUAGAUCCCUCAAGUUACGGUGGCGAGCACCAGCCGCCGCCACAAACGUCUCAGACGCCACAACACUUCCUGCAGCAAUACUCAACGCAGCCUCAUCACAAACCCGACGCAGUCAUCAACACGUUACCUCCGCAAAUCGAAAUGCGCCUCCACGAAGAAACACUCAAGAACAAUCCAUCCCCCACGUUACACGAUCGAAGAAUCUCUCAAACACCGCUUAACGACGCUGCUUCCAUGGACUGCAUGCCUAGUCCUUCACCGUACGCCGACAUACAUCCGCAAGCGAAAUGGGCCGACAGCGAGCUAAUGCCCAACCGACGCUCUUCGUCCAGCUCGGCGGCUUCUACCUCCAGCUCGUGUUCGCGUCGUAACGACGAAGACGAACUGAAGAUGCGCCAAGACGUCAUGAUGGUCAACCACCAAGCGCUAGACAUGGGCUACCUCCAGCCCGGCCUCCCCUUCCCCGAACCCUUCUCCAGCUUCACAGAAACGUCCCAAUUCGUAAGUCCUGUCAGUUUAUUCCCUCCACCUAGUUUAAACACUUCGCUGGCGUUUCCCUCCACCGGCCCAGCAAUGUUUCCACCCGCUUUCGGUGCCCCUUUCCCCGCCCCUCAGGUACUGCCAACCUUGCCGAAGCCGGUAGAGAACGUCCAGUACUCUUCGGCUUGCACCGCGACGUUCACAUCCUCGCAGCAUAACAUGGCGCUGACGGCAGCUAUGGUGAACUUGCCGCCGAGUAUACCCAAGGAGGUGGAGUCGCCGCCUGAGGAGGAGGUAGCGCCCGCAGCUCCGCCUCCAGUGGAGGAAACUCCGCCCCAGAGCAACACCCUCUCGUCGCCCAGUCCUUCCAUCAAGUCGAACAGUUCGGGCAAGAAGUCGCCCAGUAAGCCCACGAGGACGUCGGCGAGGGUGACCUCUCAAGGGAAGAGUCCCAAACAGCAGCAACAGCAGCAGGAGAUCGCGAAAGCUAGCGCAGGACGGGGACGCGGUGACGCUAAACGCAACUCAGUGAAAAGCAACGCCUCUAGAGGCGGUCAGAUAGUGAGGGGGCGCGGCAGAGGGCGGGGCCGCGGUCGGACGCAUGCGCACAACGAUUACGAGUACUUGGGUGCGAAUACUAUUCACAAUAAGUUAGUGGGUACCGUGUAUGAUCUCGAUUUCGACGACGACAUCUCUAACGAGAAUGUCGAUCUCAAAUCGAUGAGGGAAAGGAGAAAGUCGGUGGACGUGCAAAAGACGGAGGCUAAGGAUAGCUCGGAGUCGCCGUCGCAGAAGAGCACCAGAUCGUACAACGAUUUGAGGGAGUUGAGGCCGCCCACUCCCGUGGAGGAGACGCCGGCGAAGGUUGCCGAAGUCGAGCCGAUGUUUGCCGACAUGGUCCAGCCGGUGCUUCCGGGUCCCGUCGACAUGAGGACGUACAGCGGUGGCGGCAACUUCGACCAACAAAACUACAACGAGGCUAAUCUUCUGGGUGCUUUCGUCGGUACCGCUGAGACGCAAGUGAACGAGGAAAUCGACGAAGAGUUCGAGAAAGAACUGCAGACGGCACUGACAGCGCCCAGUAAGAAACCGGAGGAACCUCCGGCGCCGGAAGUGGGUAGUAAUAACAUUAAGGUGUCGCUGUCGGAUUCACGAAAUCAACUCAAGGUUAAGAUCAAAGGACCUAUAGCGAACUAUUCGUCGACCAUGCCUUCCCUGCCUCCGCCGACCGUCGAUCCGGUCAACGUUUCGAACAUGAACUUCGUGUCGAAUAACGUCAUCAGUAACAAUUCGAUAGGUGUCAGUUCGGGUACCUCGAAUCUGCGACGGAUGAGGAAGAAGGAACUGCUGAGGCAGUACUGGACGCAGGACAUGAACAUGGACGAUUCGUCUUGUGCUCCCAUUAACGCUACUCCUACCGUACCUCCAGUUAAUCGUACUAUUAUCACUAUACCUAAGGCUGUGGCUUCAAUGACCAGUAUUCCUACGAAAGAUGAUUACAGAGAUUACCGCACAGGCUCGGAUGAUAUCGAGCCCACGAAGCAUCAUCGGAAAGAGACGAAAGCGCGACCGGGAGCGCUGUCUCGAGAGCUUCGCCAGUUGGACCUGUGCCUGGACGAGGACGGGCUUCUGGAGAGGAGGCGGAGCAUCGGCUCGGUGGGCAGCAACAAUUCCGGCUUGUCGACCAGUUACGACUCUUCGUUGAACAAGAGGCGGGGUCGGCCGCCGCGCCCCUCCCAGCAGACUGGCACGCCCAAGAUCAAGAUCAAGAUCGGCAACAGCAUAGUCGGAAAGGUGGACGACAAACGGGAUAGAAUACGACCGCCGAAGAAACGUCUUGCCAACAUCAACAUGCCCAGCGUCGAAGACCUGAAACGCGAAAGCAUGAAGUUCCGCAAGCUGGUCAUGGCCGACUUCGGCGAGAGCAAAGAGAAACGAAAGAAGAAAGACAAGAGCGAAAAGCGGAAAAAGAAAAAGUCCAAGUCGGAAGUGGUGCAGAUUAUUUCGAACGAGAGUCAGAAAUUGAUCAUACGGAUAGGUAAGAAAGUGGAGAGUGAGAGGACUAGUGGGGAGGGUGGUGGUGGUGAGGACGGUGCUCCGAUCAAGUUCAAACUGUCUCGAUGCCAGGAGGGCAGCGGCUACGUGAUGAAGAGGGCGACGCCCACUCAACAGCCCCCCAGCACGGAGACGAAGGCCGAAGAGGCGACGCAGCCUGGACAGCCGCCUCCUCCGACGCCGCCGCCGCCCCUGGACGGCGCGCUGGACGGGGUGCCGCCCCCGCCUCCAACCUUCAACAAAGACUGUGAAGAUAGAUGAUAGUCGUGUACCAUUGAUCUGUAAAAUAAUAGUUAAAGAGAUUUUAAAAAAGAGUACGGUAGGUGACCAGUGAGGCAGGUUGUACAGACGCUAGCUGCUACUUCACCUGUUUUUAAAUCCACGUUGUUAAGCUGUCUAGUGUAUGUGUAGGCUAAGCGAGCACAUGUAUGUCAUUAAUUUCAGUGUACAAAGUCAAUUACAGCCGCAAACUUGUAAUCAUAUUUUUGUACAUAUUGUAAGUUAUGGUAUUUGUGAAUAUAAAAUAGUACUAAUUUAUAUAUAUUAAUAUCAUUUAAAAUGAUUAACUCGUGUUGACAAUUUUGAUAGCUAGACUCGUUAUAGAAUUUCAUCAGAUAUUGUACAGAACAAAUGGCUUGAGUGCAAUCUUUUUUUAUCGGUUGUUUGUUGUGAGAGAGCCAUUAUUUUAUUAUUGUGUACAGUUUUUAUUUUUUAACUAUUUUCUCGUCUACGCGACAUUGUACUAUAAAUUACCUACUUAAAGAUUUUAUUAUAUUUAUAGUUAUAUAUAGUUAAUUUUAUUUUUUAUAUUCUGAAUAUGUUUUUAUAAGUGUA